UGAUGCCAGAGCCGAAUGCCAAGGCUGGAUGCUGAUGCCCAGUGCCCGGUGCUGGUACCCAGUGCGUGGUGCCAGUGCCCGGUGUGCGGUGUCUGGUCCUGGUGCCCGGUGCGCAUUGCUCGGUCCCGGUGCCGCUGCCUGUACCCGCGCGCAGUGCGCGGUGCCGGAGCCGGUGCCGGUGCCGGUGCCGCUGCCGGUGAUGCCGAGCGGCCGCCCCGCCCGCCCCCCCGCCCGCCCCGCCCCGGGGCCGCCCCCGCCCCCGCCGCUGCUAUUUCUGCUAAUCCGCGGCGGGGCCCGGCCGUGCCCAUCGGCAGCCGCCGCUCCCGGACGGCGCCCGGCGCCGCAGCCAUGAUAAAACGUUUCCUGAAGGAGGACUCGGACGAGGCUGAGCUGACGCAGUUCCUGCGGGAUUGCCCAGCAGCUGACAGCUCCCGGAAGGUGGAGGUCCCGGAGAGCCGGCGGGAGCCCGGCCACCCCCUGGGCAGCGUAGCCAGGGUCCCCCCAGACGAAGCCAGUGACGAGAGGGACACCAGGAUUUUCUCCCGCUCCCGGCCCUCGGAUUUCCAGCAGCACAUCGCCGCACCCCCGCCCCCCAGCCCCAACCGCCCGCGGAGCCCCUGGGGACAGCUGGACCCCUACGACUCCUCCGAGGAUGACAAGGAGUACGUGGGCUUUGCCACGCUGCCCAACCAGGUGCAUCGCAAGUCGGUGAAGAAGGGCUUUGACUUCACCCUCAUGGUGGCAGGGGAAUCCGGCCUGGGCAAGUCCACCCUGGUCAACAGCCUCUUCCUGACGGACAUGUACAGGGACCGCAAGCUGCUCAACGCCGAAGAGCGCAUCACGCAGACGGUGGAGAUCACCAAGCACGUGGUGGACAUCGAGGAGAAGGGGGUCAAGCUGCGCCUGACCAUCGUGGACACGCCGGGCUUCGGGGACGCCGUCAACAACACCGAGUGCUGGAAGCCAGUGGCCGACUACAUCGACCAGCAGUUUGAGCAGUAUUUCCGUGACGAAAGUGGCCUCAACCGGAAAAACAUCCAGGACAACCGAGUGCACUGCUGUAUCUACUUCAUCUCGCCCUUUGGCCACGGGCUCCGGCCCCUGGACGUGGAGUUCAUGAGAGCUCUGCACCAGCGCGUGAACAUCGUGCCCGUGCUGGCCAAGGCUGACACCCUGACCCCCGCCGAGGUGGAGCGCAUGAAGAACAAGAUCCGGGAGGAGAUCGACCACUACGGCAUCCGCAUCUACCAAUUCCCUGAGUGCGACUCGGACGAGGAUGAGGAGUUCAAGCUGCAGGACCAGGCACUGAAGGAGAGCAUCCCCUUCGCCGUUAUCGGCAGCAACACGGUGGUGGAGGCCAAGGGCCGGCGCGUCCGUGGGCGCCUCUACCCCUGGGGCAUCGUGGAAGUGGAGAACCCGUCCCACUGCGACUUCGUGAAGCUGCGGACGAUGCUGGUGAGGACGCACAUGCAGGACCUGAAGGAUGUGACACGGGAGACGCACUACGAGAACUACCGCACGCAGUGCAUCCAGAGCAUGACCCGCAUGGUGGUCAAGGAGCGGAACCGCAACAAGCUGACCCGGGAGAGCGGGACAGACUUCCCCAUCCCCGUGAUCCCCCCAGUGCCGGACGUGGAGACGGAGAAGCUCAUCCGGGAGAAGGAUGAGGAGCUGCGGCGGAUGCAGGAGAUGCUCCAGAAGAUCCAGAAGCAGAUGAAGGACUCGCACUAGCCCGUCCCUCCUCCUCCUCCCCCUCCUGGCCCCGAUCAGAAAUGUUUACAUCGCGCUCCACCUGCCCGGCCCCGCUGCCAGACUCGGUACCGACACCCACCCACCACCUUAAGCUGCGGCAUCGCCUUAUGCAACCACCCAGCGCCCGCGGGGACCAGGGCACAGCGAGGGGACACCAGGGCACAGCGAGGGACAGGGCCUCUCCUGCCCCGCUCCUCUCCACUCACUGGGGACAGCUUGGUCCCCCAAGCUUUGGUUUCCCAUUCCUCCACAGCUCUGGGGAGGGCCCUGGCCAGCUUGGUCCCCACAGUGUGUCCCUUGUCCCCGUGUCACCCUGGGCUCCCUGCUUACAGCCUUUAUGCUCAGCUUGGCCCUGGCUUAAGGGAAGAGGAAAGGGGGGCACUGCUGCCAGCCCCCCAAAGGCCCCAGCUGCUGUGGGGGACGGGGCUGUUCCCCUGCCCUUGGCUGGCAUGGAGGGACAGCAGCUCCUGGGAACCACAGGGGACAGAGGGGAUGGACAGCCAAGGGACAGCCACCAUCCUGCUUCAUGCCAGCACCAGUGCAGGGGGACAGAAGCUUGUCAGUGUCCAGCCCUGUGUCCUUACCCUGUCCCCACUGAGUGACAGCAGGGCUGUGGCACAAGGAGCACUGGGGAAUCAGUGUUGCCAGGGAAAAUCCCUUGAACCCCAAAUCAGAGGCUGGGCACCCCAGCCUGCCGUGAUGUUGGCCCUGUAAAGCAAUAAUGAGUGUCCUUUGCCCGUGGCACCUCUCACCCCAUGGCAACAGCACCGGCCCUGGCUGGAAUUUCAGCCCCUGCUGCCACUUGCUUUUCUGUGGUGUCCUGUGUGCCCAAGAUGUCCUUGUCCCUGCUGCUUCUUGGCACAGCAGCCCCGUGUAUUCUCCAAGGAUGUACCCAUCUGUGCUGCUUCCCAGCGAAGCGCUGCUGCGUGUCCCCAUGGCCCCCACGGUUGUCCCCAUGUUCCCCACCGUGUCCCACUUGGUUUUGCUGCCCUACAGAGCACUGCAGCUUCUCCCCCCUGCUCAGACUGUCCCCAUCUGUGUUGCUUUCCCACAGAGCUGUGUUGCAUCUGUGUGUGCCCCUGGGAUGUCCCCAGCCAUGUCACCACCCUGCAGGGCUCUGUGUAGUGUCCCUGUGUCCCCAGGGAUGUCCCCAGCUUUGUUGCUUCCUGCAGAGCCCCACUGUGUGUCCCCAGGGCCGCCUCUCGCAGCAUCCCUGGGGAGAUGGAUCCAAACCCCUCCUGGGCCUGGGAAAGCCCGCAGGGUAUGGUGAGGAUGCAGGCAGGACUGGGAGCAGUGGGAGCUGUGGGAGCUGGCUGCCGUGGGGAUGUCCUGUCCCCAUCAGGGCCCCGAGCUGGGGCGUGGCUGGCAGGGGCUGUGCCCGGCCGGGGUCAGGGCUGCAGGGUGCCCGGGCAGCACCCAGCCUGUGCCCCCCGUGUCCCCGUGCCAGCGGGGGUCCCGUGGCCCCCGUGGGCAGGGCCCCCCCGGGCAGGGCCCUGCAGGGAAUAUUUAGUGCUUUCCUUUUUUUAAUCUCGCUAUUUUCUUACAGAAGUCCCUCCCCUGGCAUGACGGUCCUAGAGGCGUUUAUUAACGGAUCAGAGAGUAUAGGUUUAUAAAUUCUUAUAGAGUAGUGGAAAUAUUUUUAUCCCUCCACAACCGUUCUCAAUAAAUACGGCUGACCUGG